UCCGCUCUGAAAAGGAGGUGUGGAUGUGACGCAUGCGCGUUAGCUCCACAACUACUCAGUCCCGUCCUCAAACGCAGACAUCAACAAGAGAAGCGGGUUUUACUGAUGCGGGUUCGUUUUCUUUACAGUCCCCAUCGGAACGAGCCUCUACAGGGAUUAUUAUUAUUUCCUACCAGAUUCACGGACCUGGCGACAAGAUGUUUGGCUUUCACAAGCCCAAAAUGUACAGGAGUUUGGACGGUUGCUGCAUCUGCCGAGCAAAGUCCUCCAGCUCUCGUUUCACAGACAGCAAGCGGUAUGAGAAGGACUUCAGGAGUUGUUUUGAGUUGAGCGAAACAAGAUCUGGAGAAAUCUGCAACGCCUGCGUGCUUCUUGUGAAGCGGUGGAAAAAGCUUCCAGUCGGAACCAAGAAGAACUGGAACCAUGUUGUUGAUGCCAGAGGAGGGCCUAGCCUGAGGAUGACCUCCAGACCCAAAAAGAUCAAAUCCAUCUCUAAGAAAGCACGGCCGAGCCAGAUCAGCAGGCUGCAGAAAGAGCUCAAAAGAAACAACUCAGAUGCCCACAGCACGACUUCCAGUGCCUCUCCUGCUCAGUCUCCUAGCUACAGCAACCUCUCAGAUGACGGGUCCGACUCCGAGCUGAGCCCAGGAUCCAGCCGCUCUCCCGUUUUCUCAUUUCUGGACCUGACUUACUGGAAGAGGCAAAAAGUGUGCUGUGGAAUAAUCUACAAGGGGCGCUUUGGGGAGGUGCUUAUUGACCCCCAUUUGUUCAAACCAUGCUGCCGUAACAAGCAGCGGCAGCAGCAGCAGCAAGAGGAAGAAGAGGAGGAGGAAGAAGAAGAAGACGAGGAGGAAGAGGUCGAGGUAGACGAAAGCCAAGUGGGGGUGGAAAAGCCCCAGCUGGAAGAGGAAGUGAAGGAGACGCCUACGGGUGAGGAAAAUGCAGAGCCUGCUGAGCUGUGCGUCACUGUGACAACGCCUCCAGUCAGGAGCAUGGUGGUUGAAGAGGGAAGCUGGUGAAGUCAGAAACCCUCCCUCCCUUAUUUGGCAACACCUCUGAAGAAAUCUCGGGCUGUGUUUUUUCUUUUUUAAAUUUAAUUUUACUUUAUUUUAAUUUUAGAGUUUCCUGUGCUCUUGCAGAAAGAAGUCGCCUCAGAUUGCCUUCAAUCAUAAAGCAGCUAAAUAUCUCUCAGUCUUCUCCAUGAAGAUUGUUUAUAACAGUUAAAUGAUAACUUAUGAACUUGUGUCUCUUAUUAUUAUUAUUAUUAUUAUUAUUAUUAUUAUUAUUAUUGUUUGUAUGUUGUGUUUUUAUGGACCAUUAUCUGUGGUGUUAUUGAUCUUCUAUAGAAGAAAUGCUGGAGCUCGGGCUUGCUUGUACAUUACUUUCAGGCUCUUAUUCCAAAACGCAAUACAUCCACUUACUUACAGAAAAAGGUGCUACUUGAAAUCCAUGACUCUACAUUUCAGCGCUUUGGGCUUCCUGACAGGGUUGCGGAAGGCGCUUUAUAAAUAAAGCUUUGAUUGAUUGAUUUCAAACACACAGGUGAUUCCCAUUCUCACUGUGGAUAUUUUCUAAGAACUCACACUAAGAUUAAUAUAACAAGAAUAGGGUUAAUUAUCCCCUUUUUUUUAAGUGGAUCGUAUCCCGUUUUGGAACAAAUGAAACUUUACAUAGGCUGAGCACUAUGGGGUCCAUAUGCAAAGUAAAAUAGUGCUAAUUUAAAAGCAGAAUUUUGGGUUAUUUAGCGCAUCUUAAGAGAAAAAAGGGGAGUUCAUUUUUCUAAAUCUGAUUUUCACUAUGUUAUUCAUACAUUCAUCAAUGUUAAAGUUCCCAACUAAAUAUUUAGAUUGCAAGCUAAAUAUUUUAUUUGGAGGUAAAUAUGUAUUUUAAAAACUAAAUAUUUUGGUCUGAACCAGAUAUUUUGUUUCUAAAAUUAACAUUUAAUUCACUUACUAAAUAUUUUAUGUGGAGAUAAAUAUUUAGUUUACAAACUAAAUAUUUAGCUCCAAAUUAAAUAUUUAUUUUCCAAAAAUAAAUAUUUAGGAAAAGCCCUACAAUAAAUAUUUAAUUUAGAGCUAAAUAUUUAGGUCUGAACCAGAUAUUUUGUUUCUAAAAUAAAUAUUUUAUUCACUUACUAAAUAUUUUAUGUGGAGAUAAAUAUUUAGUUUACAAACUAAAUAUUUAGCUCCAAAUUAAAUUUAUUUUCCAAAAAUAAAUAUUUAGGAAAAGCCCUACAAUAAAUAUUUUAUUUAGAGCUAAAUAUUUAGUUUACAAACUAAAUAUUUAUCUCCAAAUAAAUAUUUGUUUUCCAAAAUAAAUAUUUAGAUUCUAGCUAAAUAUUUGGUUAUGAAAUUCAAUAUUUAUUUUACAAACUAAACAUUUUGGUGUGACCUAAAGAUUUAGUUUGUGAAAUAAAUACUUACAUCAUUAUUAAAUAUUUAUUUUACAAACUAAAUAUUUAGGUCUGACCUAAAUAUUUAGUUUAUUUUUGAGUCUAUAUUAAAUAUUUAGCUUGCUGACUAAAUAUUCAUUUGAGAUUUUUAACGUUUAUAAAUUUAUGAAUAACGGUAAAAAUGUACUCCCAUUUUUUUUCUAUAAUGAUAUGCAAAAUAACCCAAAACUAUUGCUGAUAAGAUAUACUGUUUGACUUUACAAAUGGCACCCCAAAAAGCAGACAUGUACAGUAGCCCCUGUGUUUUUCUGUCCUUUCACAAUAACGUCCACACUUAUAAAAGAUUAAUUUUUUUUGUGUUAGUAGACUGUAUCACAGUCUGUGUGCAAGUAAUGUAUGUGGAUCCCAUUUAGGUAAGGCCUAUUCACAGUUUCAACAGCAAAAAAACAAAAACAAAACACCAGCCUUAAACGUGUGCUACAGACAGUGCUAUUGUUAAUUCUGGAUUGGUAUUAAGGAACAACAAGGGACAGUAGCUACUGUUUAUUGUGGCCUCAGCAACACAUAGUGCAUUUCUGCAUGAAUGGCAAACCCCCACUCAUCCAAAAGGCAUGAAAUAAUCUUAUGCAUGGUCAUCCCAAACAAAAUGCAUGGCCUUACAGAAAUUGUAAAUUUUACUUCUUUUUUUAAUGUUUCCGUCCAUUUCUCUGAAGUUUUAACUUAUUUUUGUAUGUAAAAGUACUAAGCUAAAAUAAAAGUGUCUUUGCAUAAUAAUAAUACCACAAAGUACAACAACAAAACACAAAAAAUCGGUCUAUAGUCAUUGAGCAAUAUGAACAUCAGUCAUUUUCAUCAUUUCUGGAUCAUUUUAUGGUAAAAGUCUUUAAGCUGAAAUUCUAUGCCAUUGCCUCUAAUAUACCACAAAUGUGUUGUGAUGUAUAGCCUGAUAUGAACUUUAUUUAUCAAACAAAAGCCAAAGCACAUUGAAAUUCACCCAAUGUCAAAUCAAUGCAGGUUUUUUAGGGACACUUAUGCUUGUCCUGGUCAUUUGUACGUAUGUUUAUGGUAUUCUAAAAAAAAAAAAGCAAAAAAAAAAUUCAACACUAAUAUGAACUUUCAUACAUGUAAUAUUGUCAUUUUGAGCUGUGGGUGGGAUUUGUACAUAAAGGUUAGAGUCAUGUGGCUCUCACAGGUUUCAUUAUUUAUUUAUUUCAUAUUUAUUUGUAUCCCAGUUUAGAAGUGUUCGUAUGAAUUUUCAUCUUUGAGAACAUGAAUGUGAUUCGCUGGCUCAGGCAUCCUUUUAAAUUCUGCGUUGUUUGGAAUUACAGGUUGUCGAUAUUUGUGAAAUGUUAAGUAUUUAUUUGCUCACCUAGUUGAGUUGCGUGCAACCCAACUUAUUCUAAAUCAUCACUUUGCAACGUAGACUGUAACAGCCGGUAGAUCGCAAACAAACUGUACUUCUUCUUUUUGAUCUUGUAGCUUAAGGAAAUAAACGUUAGCGUAGUGGGAUACAGUAGGGUACAUAGCUAUAGACUUGCAUGUAUUGUUGCUAUGCAUUUAUUUAGCUUACAAGUUAGACAAAGCGGUUUUGUAUUUUUUAUACAUUAUGUACUUUUUUUACUUGUCCCCUAAUAAAAGUAAUUUUGUGAGUUUUCUGGA